GGCAACGGAAAGCCGAAAGCCCGAUUUCUCCGCUUUUCGUGUUUGGAGCUCCAUUCUUAUUUCCCUUUAAUAUUUGUACGACCGUGAUAGGUUCCAUUGGUGAAUUGGAUUUCCUGUAGAACUGUCUACCUAUGACAGUUGUACAAUUCCAAUUAUAGGUCCAGAUGACUUGAGCUAUAUAAAGGACAUGCUUCCCCGCAUUCUUCAGUGUCACAGACAUUUGUUCGGAUCAAAACCUACAGCUACAUACAAGUCUCGGCUUCUUUUGCUGAAUAGUACUCACUGCUAUUCCAGUCUACGUUCACCUUUUCAAACAACCGUCUCUUCGACAUCUCCACCCGUUCUACCCCUUCCGCGACUAGCCGCGCAGUACAGCUCGUAUAGUCCCACCACCGGGAACCGUUUCCGCGCUACUCCAUCCAGAAUGGCGACCGCUGCUAAGCUCCAUCUGUCGCCGGCGACAGACUCCGGCAUCUACAGCUCAAAUGUGAGGGAAGACGCUGCGCGGACAGUAAGCGAGAUCUUGCAGGAAGACAUGGCCAUCCACCAUGUCUUCUUCAAUGACCAAGGGUUCCAUAAUCACAUACCUCAUCUGCUUCUUAGUAUCUAUGCUCUUGGCGCAGCACCGGAAGAUAUCAAGGCUUCCUAUGAACGGAAUAAAACUUAUCAGAGACCCGCCCUUCCCGCGAGCCAAGAUGUCAUCCAAUCUAUGCACGAUGUCGCUAAAUUCCAGCAAUACUUUGGGAAGGAAGAACAUUACCCUAAUUACCUAGCUUUCUUCCAGCAUGAGAUCGAUGCGAAGGGCGUCGGUGCGGUUCUUGGGGAAUAUGUCUUCGCCGGGGAUGAGCGAGCUGAGAGUAUGAUAUGUCGGUUGUUUGGUGGCCUCACCCACCCGCUCAUCCACCUCGGGUUCGGUAUAGAGUUCAACCAGCCUGCCAUUGUAGCUCAAGGUCUUGCCCAGACAGCAGUGCACGAUGACUGGCUGGGCCGUGCGUUCUUCCUACCUGCCGAGAAGAUGGCUGGCGGCAUCGGAAAACCGGGACAGAAGUCGACGCUCCAGCUCAUAAAUGAGAUGCGGGCAGAUAAGGCUCUUGUUAAGAGUGUGCAGUGGUCCGACAGAAAUAAAAUCAGGGAUGGAGUGCUCCACAGAGCACCGGAGCAGAUGCUGAAGUAUGCCUCUCAAUUUACCGUAUCCGAGGAUCAGGUAGAGGAGCGGUUGGCGGAUAUGAUCAAUACAGUUGUUUACUAUACUGGUGCCGCCCAGCGUCCGACCAGAGAGAUGAAGCUUGAUUUCUUCUUCAUCCAUUGUGUCAACUCGUCUAUCUUCUUUUCUAAGUUUAUCAACCUCCCAUUCCUGAACCAGCGAUCCAAGCUGCGCUUGCUGGAGUGGAAGGGACGCAUCGAUCUCCUGAUGUACACUUCACGUGGAACGCCGGAUCUUCUGCUGGAUGAGGUGACCAAUUAUCCUCUGAAGGAGGACUGGUCACAGAUAUUCGCGCGCAGCAUCGCCCAUCCCGGUGAUGAUGGGCAUCUAGCCAAGCUCGCACGGGCUUUGGCGCACGGUCAGAAAGUCUGUCAGGCAUAUGAGAGCAAAAACCCCGAGAUGCAGAUCAAGGGAGAUAUGUGGCUUAGGAUUGGGAAUAUAGCUGUUGACUCCACUGUUGAGGAGGGAGAUAAGCCGAUGUGGGUCCGUUCUGCUGGAUUCGAUGAAGCAUGGGAGCCUCAAGGACGGGCACAUAUGUGAGAUGGGUGCCAUCUUUGUGAGAAUGUCUAUUCAAUUCUUCUCUAUAUCUCAGAAUGUCAUCUUCCAAGGGUUAUAUUGAAAAGUGGUCUGCACGUUUUAA